GCUGUCCUGAAACUGACACCUCUAGAUUUACAUCAGAGCAAUGUUACAGCGGCUUUUUGUCAUGGUUGUGGUCUUUAUAGGUUUAUCUAAUGGAGCUGGUUUGUUACCAGAUGGUCCUCUGAAUGCCUCUGUUGGAGGGACAGUGAUGUUCACAACAAACUUGGAUCCAACAGAAACACCAUUUAUAUCGGUCAACUGGCAGUUUCAGGCUGAUGCCUCUGGUUCCUCAGGACUUGAACUCAUAAUUAUCUCACAGACAACUGGAGACACAAUUACACCAGCAUAUGAAGGCAGGAUCACUCUCUUCAGAUCAACUGGAUCUCUGGAACUCAGGAAUCUGAAACUCAGUGACAGUGGAGAUUACAUAGUUAUCAUUCAAGAUGGACCAAUUCAAAAGACAGGACGCACCACACUGAAUGUUUAUGAACCAGUCUCCAAUGUAAAUAUCUCCCCACUAAGUUCAGACUUGAUUGAGUUCAACAGCUCCGUCAGUCUGUCCUGCUCCUCCUCUGGAUUUUCUCUCUCCUUCCUAUGGAUGAAAGACAGCUCUCAGGUCACAACCAGUGACAGAGUUCAGAUUAUCACAAAUGAAGAAAACUCCAAUCUGGCUGUAGUCAAUGUGACUCGAAAUGACCAGGGAUUAUACACCUGCUAUGUGGCCAAUCCUGUCAGUUCUAUAAUCAGUGAUCCAGUAAAAAUCUCUGUUAGUUAUGGUCCAGACAAUGUACAGAUAGAAGUGUAUCCAUCACAGGAACAUUAUGAGAAAGGAUCAGACAUUAAUCUGAUCUGCUCUGCUGACUCAUCACCUUCUGCUGAAUAUCAGUGGUUUCUGAAUGGAGACAAGCUGCCCAGUAGUGGUCCAUUGCUCAGACUGACAAAUAUCCAGAUGAGUCAGAGUGGAAACUACAGCUGUCAGGCCUUUAACAGCAAAACUCUGAGAUAUCAAACAUCUGAACCUUCACCUGUCUCUGUUCAUGAGCGAGUCUCUAAUGUAAAGGUAACUCAAGAUGUUACCCACUUGAUUGAGUUCAGUGGGUCUGUCAGUUUCUCCUGCUCCUCCUCUGGAUCGUCUCUGUCCUUCUCCUGGAUGAACAGCAGCUCUGAGGUCACAACCAGUGACAGAGUUCAGAUCACUGAUGGAGGAUCCAAGCUGACUAUAAUCAAUGUGACCAGAUAUGAUGAUGGAUCUUACAGCUGUAAUGUGUCUAAUCCUGUCAGCAGUGACAGCAGUGAUCCUGUACACCUCUCUGUCAGCUAUGGUCCAGAGAAAGUCAACUUAGAAUCACCUACUGAAACACCUUCUGAAGGGUCGAACAUCCGUUUGUCUUGUUCAGCUGACUCCAGACCUGAUGCCACUUUUGAUUGGUUCUUUAAUGGAACAAGUCUGUCUGCUUCUGGAUCUGUGAUUGAAUUCACCAAUGUUCAAAAGAAUCAGAGUGGGAACUACAGCUGUCGGGCCUUUAACAGCAGAACCUUAAAAUAUCAAACAUCUCAACUUUUACCUAUCUUUAUAGCAGAUGCUAGUAAACCUGGAGGACUCGUUGGUGGCGCCAUUGCUGGAAUAGUAAUUGCAUGUUUAUUAGUUGUUGCUGCAGGAGCUGCUGGAGGCUAUUUUAUCUACAAAAGAAGAGAAAAUGUACAACAUUCAGGCACUACAGAGCAACAACAUGAAUAUGAAAACAUGCCAAGAAUAAAGAAAAAUAAGGAAAAAGGUCAUGUUUACGAGAAUUUUGCAGCUACACAGAAGAAUAAAGAACCAGAACAUGUGUAUGAGGAAAUGUCUCAGAUAAAGAAGAAAUAAAAUCAACAGUUUUUGGUUCUUUAAAGGUGAGAUCUGAAUUAGGAAUCUGCUAAAAAAGAAACAGUUUAAAGUACUUGGAUACAUUUUAAUUACUUAAUAUUAAAAAAAAAUCAACAGUUAAGUAUUUUUAUAAAUCCUUGUGAUGGUAUGAUGUUAAUCAUUACAUUAAUAUUUUUCCUUGUCACACAAUGAUCAAAGAAAAAAAACAUGAAUUAUGACACAACAGGAAGAAACCGAUAUUAUUGUGCUGUAUUUUUGCCUUUUGGGUUUAUUCCUAUUUAUCUCUUGCUGAAAGUUUCAAAGUCUUAAAACAAUGAAUCAAAUAUGUAAAGUUUUAUACAUUCUUCAAACAUUGUUAAAAUGUUCAUUUGCUACUUCCAAAUUGAUCUAGAGUAAGAAAAUAUUUUUAUAAACGCUUUAUCAAUGCAAGUGUUUGAUAAGAUUUGGUUUCAGCUUUGCUAUUCAUUUAUCGUUCACUGUAAUGAUGCUAAACCUUGACUUUUCAACCUUUUGAACCUCUGGCAUUGACAUGACUGUCAACCUCUCAACAGCUAUUUAGGUCACAUUUAGUUAUUUGAAAAGAAGUGCAAUACAUUGUCUUAUCAUAAUUUGUGAGAUGCUGUGUUGCAUCUCACAAAACAUAAAGAUGUUUUGCUAAAAAGAGGAAGUGGUAGAAACAAAAGUAAAUGAGAACAACUUAUUCAGGGAACAUGGCUCAGUGGUAGAGCAGGAGCACCAAACAGGAGCACCUAUCGUUUUUCAUGAGAUGACCUAAUUUCAGUUCCAGGUUCAGAGCAAUUUGAUUCAUGUCUCUCUCUCUUUCUUCCUAUCAACCUGCUGUUGAA